AUGGUUUACCAUACCAUCAUCCAAAUAGCAAUCCUGUCUGUAGCCAUCUACGGUGCACAUGCAUUCUACGUCGGCGGUAACAACCAGUGUUGUUGUUGCUGUUGUCCGCAGCAAACUGGCGGCAUUGGGUUUAACAACUGUAACAACUGUGGUUCGGGCGGCAGAUGCUGCUGUUGCUGUUGUCCAAGUGGUGGUAUUGGUGGUUUUGGUGGUAUAGGAGGCUUGUGUAGUAGCUCCUUCUCGCUUCUGGGCCCACUUGUUUGCGUCCCACAACAAGGAAGAGGUCUAGGACUUGGCACUCUUGGACUUGGAGGAUUUGGCUUGGGCGGAUUAGGAUUGGGAAGUCUUUUAGGACUCGGCGGUUUAACCGGUUUAGGCACUUUGGGCAAUGCGAUACCGGUUAUUAAUCAAACCAGCUCCUUGGCAGGGCUGGGACUUGGAUUUGGUGGAAUUCCAUGCACAGGUCCCCAUGCUGUUGUUGUUGUUGCCCGUGCAGGAGGUAACACGUUGGUCGUCGACGAAAAAUCAUCUUUUUUUUUUAAAGUUACUGGUACGUUGCAGUUGACUUGA